AUGUCCUGGGGAGGCCUCAAGAAAGCAGCGUCCCGAGCAGGGACGACGCUCAUGCAGAAGACUGGUCAGGUGGAUCGUACCAUCGACAGAGAAUUCGCAGAGGAGGAAGGGCGUUACAGGACGAUGGAGAAGGAGACGAAUGCGCUGCAGAAGGACGCCAAGACUUACCUUGAUGCAAUGCGAGCUAUGGCAUCGUCUCAGACUCGGAUAGCCGAGACCAUAUCGCUGUUCUACACCGCCGACCGUGCCAGCGAUGGCGCUAUGGCGGGACAUGCGUACAAAGCGGCGGUCGAUGAGCUCGACGUAGGUGUAGGAAGAGAACUGGACGCACCUUUCAGGACGACCGUUCUCGAGCCAGUCGGAAAGCUAAACUCGUACUAUGGCAGUAUCAACGCAGCUAUCGAUAAGCGGAGUCAUAAGUUAACGGACUAUGAUGCUGCGCGCGCGAAGGUCAAGAAGCUAGUUGAGAAGCCGGUAGAGGACACGACACGGCUGCCUAGGGCUCAAGCAGAGCACGACGAAGCCCGCGAUAUCUACAACAUCAUCAACGAACAGCUAAUCACCGAACUCCCUCUUCUUCUCGAUCUGCGUAUCCCCUACCUUGACCCCUCAUUCGAGGCUAUGAUCCGAUGCCAGCUCGCCUUUGCCCAAGAAGGAUACGACAAGCUCUCGGGCGUUCAGCGGUACUUCAACGAUAAUAUCCGAGAUGAGUACGCGAAUGGCUCGCUGGACUCGCAAGUCGAGGGGGUGUUGGAGGAGAUGAAGAGCUUGAGUAUCUAUGGGAAUUAG